CUUUCAUCUCAAAGCUUUGCAGCCUCUCUCUCUCACUCUUUUCGCGCGCCGUCGUCAUCGUCCUCAACCAGAGAGACCUCAAAGAUGGCGGAGCAGACGGAGAAGGCUUUCCUGAAGCAGCCCAAGGUGUUCCUCAGCUCCAAGAAGACUGGGAAGGGAAAGAGGCCCGGAAAGGGAGGCAAUCGCUUCUGGAAGAGCGUUGGUUUGGGAUUCAAGACUCCAAGAGAUGCCAUUGAAGGAACAUACAUUGAUAAGAAGUGCCCUUUCACUGGCAAUGUCUCCAUCAGGGGUCGCAUUCUGGCUGGUACCUGUCACAGUGCAAAGAUGUCAAGGACUAUCAUUGUUCGGCGCAAUUACCUCCACUACAUAAAAAAAUACCAGAGGUAUGAGAAGAGGCAUUCAAACAUCCCAGCCCAUGUUUCCCCAUGCUUCCGUGUGAAGGAGGGAGAUCAUGUCAUCAUUGGGCAGUGCAGGCCAUUGUCAAAAACAGUAAGGUUUAAUGUUCUGAAGGUUAUUCCUGCUGGGUCUUCUUCUGCCUUUGGGAAGAAGGCAUUCACUGGAGCAUAAGAUGGCAUUUUGGGCAGCCUCCUAGUGUUAUUUAUGCAAUUACAAUAGAUUGAGUUUCUUUUGGAACAUCUUUCGUUUGCCAAUUUAUUUGCACCUUUAUGUAAUCUGAAUGUUAAUCUGAAUGUUAAGGUUUUCCUUAGGACCAUCGAAAUUUUGGAUCGUAUUAUCAAAUACUGUCUUAUGUCGAUGGAUGUUAUACUGCCAUUUUCUUAUAUUCAUGGCUCUU